CGGGCCUUCGCGGCCAUCGCUGCCUGCGCGGUCCGUUCCACUCGCCCGCUUCCCGCCCACCCGGGCCGAGUGGGGUCGGGUGGCGUCCGCAGCCUCGCCCCGAGGGACACGGCGGCUUCAGGGGCUGGGCCUCCCUCCCUCCAGCGCAAUGUCAGGCACCGCGACAGCUCUGUGAGGCCGCGGCCGUGGCGCUGGGCGGCGGCGGGUCCGGGCCGAGGCCGCUCAUGGUGCCGCCACGACACCAUCGCGGGGCAGGAAGGCCAGGUGCGCUGAGUUCUUCACCUCCUUUUAGACUCAGAUCUGCCAAGUUUUCAGGCAUUGCUCUUGAAGAUCUUAGAAAAGCCUUUAAAGUAAGAUUGCAAAUGGUGUGUGUAUUUAUCAUGAACCGGCUGAAUUCCCAGAGCAGUGGUUUCACUCAGCGCAGGCGAAUGGCUCUUGGGAUUGUUAUUCUCCUACUUGUUGAUGUGAUAUGGGUCGCAUCCUCAGAACUUACUUCGUAUGUUUUUACUCAGUACAACAAGCCAUUCUUCAGCACCUUUGCAAAAACAUCUAUGUUUGUUCUAUACCUUUUGGGAUUUAUUAUUUGGAAGCCAUGGAGACAACAAUGUACAAGAGGAUUUCGAGGAAAGCAUGCUGCUUUUUUUGCAGAUGCUGAAGGUUACUUUGCUGCUUGCACAACAGACACAAGUAUGAAUAGUUCUUUGAGUGAACCUCUUUAUGUUCCUGUGAAAUUUCAUGAUAUUCCAAGUGAAAAACCUGAGAACACAAACAUUGAUACUGAAGAAACUCCCAAAAAGUCUCGUGUAAGGUUCAGUAAUAUCAUGGAGAUUCGGCAGCUUCCAUCAAGCCAUGCAUUGGAAGCCAAGUUGUCUCGCAUGUCAUAUCCUACUGUGAAAGAACAAGAAUCCUUAUUCAAAACUGUGGGGAAACUUACUGCAACUCAAGUAGCAAAAAUUAGCUUUUUUUUUUGCUUCGUGUGGUUUCUGGCAAAUUUGUCAUAUCAAGAAGCACUUUCAGACACACAAGUUGCUAUAGUUAAUAUUUUGUCCUCAACUUCUGGACUUUUUACCUUAAUUCUUGCUGCAAUGUUUCCAAGUAACAGUGGAGAUAGAUUUACUCUUUCUAAACUAUUAGCUGUAAUUUUAAGCAUUGGAGGUGUUGUGCUGGUGAACUUGUCAGGGUCUGAAAAAUCUGCUGGAAGAGAUACAAUAGGUUCCAUCUGGUCUCUUGUUGGAGCCAUGCUCUAUGCUGUCUAUAUUGUUAUGAUUAAGAGAAAAGUAGACAGAGAAGAUAAGUUGGAUAUUCCAAUGUUCUUUGGUUUUGUAGGUCUGUUUAAUCUGCUGCUCUUAUGGCCAGGUUUCUUUUUACUUCAUUAUACUGGAUUUGAGGACUUUGAGUUUCCCAAUAAAGUAGUAUUGAUGUGCAUUAUCAUUAAUGGCCUUAUUGGAACAGUUCUCUCAGAGUUCCUGUGGUUGUGGGGCUGCUUUCUUACCUCAUCAUUGAUAGGCACACUUGCACUAAGCCUUACAAUACCUCUAUCCAUAAUAGCUGACAUGUGUAUGCAAAAGGUGCAGUUUUCAUGGUUAUUUUUUGCAGGCGCUAUCCCUGUAUUUUUUUCAUUUUUUAUUGUGACUCUCUUAUGCCAUUACAAUAAUUGGGAUCCUGUGAUGGUGGGAAUCAGAAGAAUUUUUGCCUUUAUAUGCAGAAAACAUCGAAUUCAGAGGGUUCCAGAAGACAGUGAACAGUGCGAGAGUCUCAUUCCUAUGCACGGUGUUUCUCAGGAGGAUGGAGCUAGUUAGCUGUUGUCUGUAGUCCAGGACCUGACUGGAAGCCAGCAACCAAACGAGCUGGAAAACGGAGGCUUCGGGUGUCAACUCCUCAGAGUUAGAGAGGAGAGGAUUGGUACAAGCAGUGAGUGCCUCGCUUGCGUUUGGAGGCCAGAUUUUAUGGAAAAGACCUGUCUUUAAGCAACGAAUCACAGCGUGUGUGAAGACACCACAGUACAGGAAAUACCCAGAGGCCGCCGUUGGUUUUGUCCAUCUCAAGUCCACUCUGCAAAGAAAUUGAGGGAAGAUGCCUGCCCUGGACUUGUAUUUCUCAUUCCCAUCCCUCUUCCUCCACUUUCCACCUCCCACCUUUCCCUUUUCCUCCUCCCCUCAGACUGGGCUAAAGGGAGAGGUGAGCAAUAGGAUUGCUUUUUAAAAACCAAAUGUGAAAGUAGAACACGAAAAAUAUUUUUUGAUGAUCGAGAAGAGCUAAAGCACUCAGGAUAGUGUAUUCGUGAAAGUGUUGGGAAAGAAGAACAAUAAUUAGAAGACUCAUGAAAGACUGAAAAAUAGAAUCUUAGGGAGAUAGUGUUCUAAACCUUGCUCUUAGUAUUUAAAACUUCUGUCUUAAAUCAACCUAAUAAUUUUGAAAUGUCAAUUAUCUGUCAACCCUAACCUUUAGAGAUAAAAAUUUAAAACUAGUUUGCUAACAUGGGAUCAUUGUUUUACAACUGGAAGGGUCCCUAGAGAAUAUCUAUGGACAGAAUUUGGAUGACCAUGUGUCCCAAUUUGCUAAGGACAGUCCCAGUUUACAGCUGGUGUUCUUUAUACUAGACCUGUGUGUUUGUGUAAUGGAAUCAGUAUUGGCCAAGAAUUAAUCUUCGGUCUUUUGAUCAGGAUGUUGAGUCCAUUUUCCUCCUGGAGGGGGUUGCUAGGGUACUUCAUGGAUGUAAGUGAAGAACCAGAUUAUUCAGCUUGCUGUAUUGGCUUGAAUUUUCCUUCCCAAGGAAGGCCAUACACCAGUUGUUAUUUUCAGGAAACAAAAGUUAACAAGCAAAUUUUUUUAUUUUUCCAGUAUAAUUGAUAAAAUAAAUGUUAAUAUAUUUAAAGUGUAGAACACAAUGGCUUGAUACACAUGUACAUGGUAAAAGGAUUUCCACCAUCAAGUGAAUUAACACCUCCAACAUCUCACAUACUUUUUUUUUUUUUUUCUGGUGAGAAUGCUUAAGAUCUAUUCUCUCAGCACAUUUCAAUUACGCGAUAAGUACUAUUAACUAAGUCACUAUGCUAUACAUUAGAUCAUUAAAGCUUAUUCAUCUUAUAACUGAAAGCUUGUACCCUUUUACCAACCUUUACCC